CAAAACCUCUGCAAUGGCAUUGCUUCCCCCGCGACACGCCCGCGAAGAAAUCUCCCCACGCUCCUCGCCCGCUUCGCCGAUGCGAGACCGCUCCUCCAACUCCAACCCCGCCUCCCGCGACGCGUAGGCGUAGCACCAAAACCCCACCGCCGCCUCGCCGCCGGCCGCUGCUUUGUCCCCUCCACCUCCCAUGGCGCCCCGCCCCGCCGCCGUCGCCUUGGCCGUGGCCCUGUUCCUGCUCCUGCUCCCUGCUCCCGCGGCGGCGGCGGCCGCCGUGGGCGUGAACUGGGGCACGAUGAUGUCGCACCCCAUCCACCCGUCCGCGGUGGUCGAGAUGCUGCGCGCCAACGACGUCGACCGGGUGAAGCUCUUCGACGCCGACCCCUGGACGGUCGCCGCCCUCGCCGGGUCGGGCGUCCAGACCAUGCUCGCCGCGCCCAACGACCAGCUCGAGUCGCUCGCCCGCGACCCGCGCCGCGCGCGCGACUGGGUGCGCCACAACGUCACCGCCAACCUCAACGCCGGCGUUGACGUCAGGUAUGUGGCUGUUGGCAAUGAACCUUUUCUGAAGAGCUACAAUGGCAGCUUCAUCAACAUUACCUUUCCUGCACUCAAGAAUAUGCAGAAAGCUCUAAAUGAGGCUGGCUUUGGCCAAGGCAUCAAGGUAGUUGUGCCGCUCAAUGCUGAUAUCUACAGCUCCCCUGAGAACAAACCAGUGCCAUCUGCUGGGAGUUUUCGCAAGGAUAUUAAUGACCUCAUGGUUGACAUUGUUAAUUUCCUCCAUGUGAAUGAUGCGCCCUUUGUGGUUAACAUCUACCCAUUUCUCAGCCUCUACCAGAAUCCCAACUUCCCACUGAAUUUCUCCUUCUUUGAUGGUGCUACCAAGCCAGUGUAUGAUCAAGGAGUGGUCUACACCAAUGUGUUUGACGCCAACUUCGACACGCUUGUCUGGUCAUUAAGAAAAGCUGGUGUGCCCGACAUGAGAAUCAUUGUUGGUGAAGUUGGCUGGCCAACGGAUGGCGAUAAGAAUGCUAACGUCAAAUAUGCACAGAGGUUCUAUAGUGGUUUUCUGAAGAAGAUGGCCAAAAAUGUCGGGACACCUCUGAGACCCGGUCACAUGGAAGUUUACCUGUUUGCGUUGAUUGAUGAGAACCAGAAGAGUGUUCUGCCUGGACGCUUUGAGCGUCACUGGGGACUAUUCACAUAUGAUGGAAAACCAAAGUUCUCUAUGGAUCUCAGUGGAAAUGGCAAGGUCAAUUAUCUGGCUGAAGUGAAAGGGGUGCAGUACUUGCCAUCACAGUGGUGUGUAUUCAACAAGGAUGCAAAGGAUAAGUACAAAGAUCUGCCAGCCUCUGUAAACUAUGCAUGCUCAAAUGCAGAUUGUACACCACUGGGGUAUGGGUCCUCAUGCAAUGGUCUCAGCCAUGAUGGGAACAUAUCAUAUGCGUUCAACAUCUACUUCCAGACGAUGGAUCAGGAUGUCAGAGCCUGUUCUUUUGGAGGUCUUGCAAAGAUCACAACGACAAACGCUUCACAAGGAGGGUGCUUGUUUCCAGUACAGAUUCUGAGCGUUUCAGGAAGAGUGGUGCCACUGAUAUUUUUGCCUCUAUCCUUGGUUCUGUUAGUCUCUGUAUUCACUCUACUAUAGACAUGGGAGGACAGUAGUAAGCACUGACAUAUUAGGUGAUUGAAGCUGUAAUAGGUUUGCACAUGACAGAGGAAAGAAGAGUCACUCCAGAUGAAGCUGGAGGAAGACAAAAUUGUCGAACUGAGUCGUUCUCUCUGUGUGGUGCUGGCAGACUGGCAGUAGUACCUCUGCACUAACUUUGGAUAGUGAGAAAGCUACAAUUUGACAUAUGUGAUCGGGAGAAGCUAGAAUUUCUUAUCUCUACUUUUCAGUUGACUGCCUUGCGUAUCUACAAGUGUUAAGUCCUGAAAUCUUUUAUUGCUAUGCUGGCUGCAGAUAUUGUACAGCAACAUGACUUUCACUUUCCUUUUUGAUACCAGAUACUGAUGGUACCUGUUUACUAGGCACCAGUCGGUCAUCUAUGAAAUGAACAUUUUGCACGGCUUACCUGUCCUGCCCUGUACCUGCGGAUUUGGUGUCAUCUGGAUGUGUGAACCAAGUGAAGGAAACAGUUUCUUCUGUGUCAUACAGCUACACUGGUUUCGCAAGUGUGAUAUUUUUCUGUUGAGUCACUUCUCUAGGGAGAGAAUUUAGUACUGAUUAUUGUCCCUUUUCAGUGCUCUUUGUUCCAUUUUCGAUUAUCUUAUUUCUUUGAGAACAUAUCUCCUUAUUUCCUUUUGGUCUAGUCAGUUCAGGCAAACCUAACAGGAUCUGUGAAAGAUCAUACAUUUUGGAGUCAGAAACAUAUGGCUAAUUCGUGACGAAAUUCUGGACGAUAACAAAUAUUUAGAUUUCAAUUGUAAGCCUGUCCAGCUAGCCAGCUACUGUUGCUAGCACUUAGCUCCACACUAGAUUGAAAGUGAAUGCGUCGCGGAGGAUGGAGAAGUUAAACUCAGCGCUGGCUGACACACACCGCUCCGCUGACAAUGAGGUCCGUACAGAAUAACGGCAACUCUUGAGGGUGAAUCUGCAAGCUCCCGAGGCAAAUAUCCACCG